AUGGAAAGCAUCGUGCAUAGAGGGGCCCAGCCCAGCCCGACGUCCUCGCCGGAGCUCAACCCGCUCCGGCUGGGCGAUCGGGGCAGCCGGAGUGACAAUGACACCGACACCGACAGUGACGUGCUCGCGCCGCUACCAGAGUACAAGGCUGCGGGCGAGACGGUGCUCGAUUUUGACGGGCUGCUACGGCCGGCGCCGGCGCUGCGACUGCGUGAGGACCUGACCGAAGGCUGUGGCGGCCAGACGUGGCCGGCUGGCAUGGUGCUGGCACGGCAUCUGCUGCGGCACCGACGGGCGGAGAUGGAGACAGCGCGAAUCCUCGAGCUGGGUUCUGGCGGUGGCCUCGUCGGCUUGGCAUUGGCACUCGCCUGCCGCGGAUCCUGUUCUUCCACUACUCGUCCCGACAGCAGUUCGAUAUUCGUGACAGACCAGGAGCCGAUGCUGUCUCUGAUGAAGCACAACAUUGCGCUAAAUGGAUUACAAGACAGAGCCCGGGCAGUGGUGUUGAACUGGGGCGAUGUUCUCCCAGAAGAGGUGCGCGCGCUGCGUCCAAACGUCGUGCUGGCAGCCGACUGCAUCUACUUUGAGCCGGCCUUUCCGCUGCUGAUGGCCACGCUGGAGGAGCUGCUGCAACUAGGCGAAGCCGGCGAGCCGGUCACCGUCUACUUCAGCUUCAAGAAGCGCCGGCGCGCCGACAUGCAGUUUGUCAAGAAGGCACAGAAGCGCUUCUGCGUCACCGAUCUGGCCGACGAGGACCGGCCGGUGUUCAGCCGGCAGGGCCUGUUCCUCUACUCCAUCACGCGCAAGGGCCAACAGAGAGUGUGA